CACCGUAUAAAAUCCGCAGCUAGGGUUUCACCCUCUCUUCUUCUUCUCCUUCUCUCUAUCUUGUCCUCAUCUGCAUCCAUUUCCCUCCUCGAUUGGACCCAAUUCGUGCUCCCUUGGCGAAGCUCUCGAACCCUAGCGCUCCGAAGCGAUCGCCUUUGAGCUCAAGUUUGGGGUUCUCGUUCCGCGGUUCCUGAAGCUUCCGAUCGCCCGGAAAAAUUCCCCCGAAGGCGAGAUAGAUGCCUCCUCGGACGGUGAAGCGGGGCGCGGCGGCGUCGGGGCAGAAACGGACGCCGAGGUCCUCCAGGAAGGCGCAGCAGAGCCAGCAGGAUGCUCCGGCGGAGGAGCCGGCGAGGGUUGAGGAAGUGAAGGAGGAGGAAGUCGUGAUGGUGGUGGUGGAAGAGGACCGCUCGGCCCUCGAGAGGAAGAGGCCCGGGGUCGAGGAGAAGCCGGUCGUCGUCGAGGAAAGGAGGGAGCUGGAGGUUGCUCGGGCGAAUGGCUCGGUUCCGCUGAUGAAAGAAGAUGAGGUGAAGGAGUCGGUUGAUGAGUAUGGGAAAGAUGAACGGUUGGAUCUGGAGGAUAAUGAUCCUGAAUAUGAGCCAGAAGAAUAUGAUGAUAAAGAGAUGGAACAGGAUGAUGUUCAUGAUAUGGCAGUUGAAGGCGAGGAAGAACAUGAGGAGGAGCAUCUUGUCGAAGAGGAAGAAGGAGAUAUGAUGGAGGAUGAACUGGAGGAUGUUCACGAAGAACUUGAGGGUGAAGAAGAUGAAGAUCAUCCGGAUGAUGGGCCGGAACAUCCGGAGACACUUGAUGUGGAGGAGGAUGAUCACCAUGAAGUUUUCAAAGAGAGGCGCAAACGCAAAGAGUUUGAAGUAUUUGUCGGAGGACUAGACAAGGAUGCUACUGAGGAUGAUCUGAGGAAAGUCUUCAGUGCAGUUGGUGACGUAACAGAAGUCAGGCUGAUGAUGAAUCCUCAGACUAGGAAGAACAAGGGAUUUGCUUUCCUACGCUUUGCGACUGUUGAACAAGCAAGACGAGCUGUCACAGAUCUUAGAAAUCCAGUGAUUAAGGGAAAGCAAUGUGGGGUUACUCCAAGUCAAGACAGUGAUACCCUAUUUCUUGGUAAUAUAUGUAAAACCUGGACAAAGGAAGCUUUGAAAGAGAAGUUGAAACAUUACGGUGUGGAGAACGUUGAGGACGUGACAUUAGUCGAAGAUGGUAACAAUGAAGGGAUGAACCGAGGCUUUGCCUUUCUGGAAUUUUCAUCUCGUUCUGAAGCCAUGGAGGCAUUUAAAAGGCUUCAGAAAAGAGAUGUUCUAUUUGGAGUUGAUAGGCCUGCUAAGGUCUCUUUUGCUGAUUCAUUUAUUGAUCCUGGGGAUGAAAUAAUGGCACAGGUUAAGACUGUAUUUGUGGAUGGUCUGCCAGCUUCAUGGGAUGAGGAUCGUGUGCGGGAGCUCUUGAAGAAGUAUGGUGAGGUUGAAAAGGUUGAACUUGCUAGGAAUAUGCCAUCUGCCAAAAGACGGGACUUCGGUUUUGUUACAUUUGACACUCAUGAUGCGGCAGUGACAUGUGCUAAAAGCAUCAAUAAUUCUGAGUUGGGUGAAGGUGAUAGUAAGGCCAAAGUUAGGGCCAGAUUGUCGAGACCUCUUCAGAGAGGCAAAGGAAAAUAUUCAAGUCGUGGGGAUAUGCGUUCUGCACGCGUGGCUGGUCGAUCUUCCAGAGGUUCGUGGAGUCGUCCAGCUGUACGCAGCUUCCCUGCACGUGGUAUAAGGGGCACUGGAGGUCGGAUUCCGCCAGCCAGCUUGAAGAGGCCUCUUGCUAUAAGAGAGAGACGUCCUGUGAUGGCCAUGCCACCAAGAGACAGGCCGUUGCCUCCUCCAACUAGGUCUUAUGAUAGGAGGCCACCUGGUAUGAUUCCUUCAUAUUCAAGAAGUAGCGUGAAGAGGGAGUACAGUCGAAGAGAGGAGCUUCCUCCUCCAAGGAGCAGAGUACCUGCAGAUUAUGGUUCCAGAAUUGUGCCCGAGAGACGUGUGGCAUACAGAGAUGAUUAUGCUGUACGUGAAUCUGGUUACACUGACCUGCAUAGAAGUACAGCCCGCCCUGCUGCUAGGAGGGAUUAUCCUGAUGAGAGCUACGGACAAAGGUUUGAAAGACAUCCAAGCUAUCGGGAAGCACGUGCACGUGAUUAUGAAUCUAUCUCAGGGUCAAAACGUCCUUAUUCUGCAGUGGAUGAUGUGCCUCCGCGUUAUGCUGAUCCGGGUGUCCGUCCAUCCAGAGCAAGGCUGGACUAUGAACUUGGUGGCAUUAGUAGCCACUACGGCGAUGCCUACGGUGACAGACAUGGGAGAUCUAGUAUGGGUUAUGGUGGCAGUAGGAGCUCUAUGUCCAGUAUGUCCAGUCAAGAUUCGCAUGGGUACUAUGGGAGUCGUCAUCAAAGUAUGGGUUAUGGCGGUUCUUAUGGCAGCAGUGAUGCUGGAGGAGUGUACUCAUCAAGCUAUAGCGAGUACAUGCCUCGAGGAAAUAAUGGCGGUGGCAGCUCUUACUCUUCGAUGUACUCAAGCCGCAGUGGAGGUGGAGGAGGUAACAAUUACAUGGGACCGGGUAGUUCUGGUUCAUACUACUGAGAACUUGGUAUUUCAGAAUGAGAGUUUUGUUCCCAGCUAGGAAAUGGGUUUGGAGAUGAGAUAUUGGAUCGUCUAUUGUUGCUGCCCUGAUUCCAUUGGUUUCGUUGUACAUUGCUUGUUACAUGCAUUAUAACCUCUCAAACCACGGUAAGAGCAUUGUGAAAUAUUUAUGGUGAGGCUUUGAUUUGUCUGAUGUUUGUGCUUUUCUAAUUCUUUUAUUUUUGGCUAUGGAGGGUUGUGCAUAGCUCGGCAUUCUUCCUCACAGGUUCGGCUAGUUUCCUUGUGAGUUGGAAUGGGUGUAACUUGUGGAGAAACCUAUGCGGAAUUAUUCUUUUCUAGGAGUGAAAAUGAGUGGUUCUCUCUCCAUGUUUUGUAUGUCACUUUUGUGAUUCGUUAUAAUCUUACGGACCGAAGGUUGACCCUCUCUAGCAAUUAUUAUUGAUUAUUCGAUGUUUAAACUGUCCUCCAACGAAGGAUCAUCUUUUUGAACUGAUGUUAUUGCCUAUGGUUGGGCAAUAAAGAAAAGGAAAAAACUAAAAGGCGAAUUGCAGCCGUUCUUUUAAA